CUUUACUGUGGAGAGUUGAGGUGUUCGCGUGCCCCUUGACAGUGCAUUUUGUAAUGGUGACGCACAGCGAAAGGGUCACGGUGGCCCAAGGUGAGCCACGUCCGUCUCGGUGAGGAGACCUCAAGCACCGCUCACCAAGGGCCCAAUUGGCCUCACUCUCGCACCCGUCUUGUUAGGACUUGGGUAUAUUCGUGCUUGCUCGCAUUUCGGUUGCGUGCACUGGUUCGACAUGAUUGGCUUGGAUGGUUAGUUAUUCAAGCCGGCCGUCCUCAUUUUGGUCGCACCCAUUGACCCGACUGGCGUCGGCCGAGGCUGUGUCCACUGUCCCCCGACCUGCCCGCCGCUCCAAGGGGCGACUUUUGGAGUUUGCUCCACGACAUGUUAGCCGGCGUGCUGCUAGGCGUUGCUUGGCUUCUGGUGUAUGUUUUCUUGUGCAAAUACUGCUCAUCCAAGCAGCGACCGUAGCAGCUGCAGUUGCCAUGCCCCAGCCGUGCCGCUCCUCAAGGCUCCGUGUUGAGCUGCACUGCAAACAUGUCGCAAGCAUCACCAACAUUACCGCCUUUCUUUUCAACUGUUCUGGUUCAAUGGCAGACGCAACGAUCCCGCCUGGCCGGAUUGCAUGUCCUCUGGGCGUAAUUCAAGCAAACCUUUCGAGCAGCGUUUCCACAUUCUCACGGUGCAGCCGACCUUGGACUUAUAGACAACGCAGCAUCGACCCUCCACAGACUUGAAACAGUGACGGCCCGGUUAUAUGAGCUCAAGGUUUGUUUCAAGAGGCGACGCUCUUUGGUGAUUGGCGGCGUCGCUUGUUUCAACCUGGUCGCGUGGCGACUGAUGC